AUGAUGAUUACACGUAGAAUAUUUUUAUAUCUCUUUUUAAUCUCGAUAUUACUUGUGAUACCUACCUUUAUCGGUGCAACGAAAUAUGAUCGAAAUGACCCUACUACCUGGACCCCACAAGAACUUAAAGAAUGGUUAUCAGAGCAUCGUAUAGAUUAUAAAGUUAUUCCAGAUAAACAAGAAUUAGUUAAAUUAGUUAAAAAUCAUUUUAAAUGUGAAGAACCAAAGACGACUGAUGAAGCUAUAAAAGAUUUCGUAAAUUAUUAUUUUGACUCCCUUAAAGAAGUUAAUUACGAAAUUAAAGAUUCUACACCAGAAAAAUUAAAUGAAUAUACACAAAAAGUUGCUAAUCAAAUUGAACAACUUAGACAAAUAACUUAUCUUACAGAAGAACAAAUUAAUUCUGUAUUUGAUAAAAUUUUUGAAAGAUUAAAAGGAACUAAAGAUUUUACUAAUAAAAAUUUAGAAAAAGCUCUUUAUCAAAUUAGAGAUUCUUAUGCUUUAGCUAAAGAACGUAGAGAUGCUAUUAUUCAUAAUACUUCAAGUAGAAUUGAAAAAGAUAUAUCAACUAGUAAAGAAAUUUCUCAAAAUACUGUUGACUUGUUUAAAGAAGAAAUUAAUAAAUUAAGUGAAUCCGGUGCUUUUGCUAAAUCACGUCUUGGAACUCAAAUUAGCCUGAUUUUACAUGGUAUUCAGGAGAGAUUGACACAAAAUAAAAUCUCAACUGCUGAUCAGAUUAACGCCGCUUAUGAUAAAUUAAGUACAUCGGUUGAAGAUUCUUAUCGGUCUAUUGAUGGAACUUUAGAACGAAUUCGUAAAGAACUUGCAAAUUCUAUUGGAGUUACUGCUGAAUCUUUUAUUGAAGAAGUUAAAAAUCAAUUAUCUACUGUUAAUGAUUAUCGUCUUUUAACUCAAGAAAAGAUUCAAAUUAUACUUGAUAAUAUUGGUCAAAAAUUUCAAGAUGGAAAAACUUUAACUGUUGAACAACUUCAAUUUAUUAAAGAUACUAUUAAAAGCGGUUUUGGUACUAUUAAAUAUUAUUAUAGUUCUACUACCGGUCAUGCUAAACAAGCUGUAGACGAGACUACUAAGAAAGCUAGGGAAGAACAUAUAAAUAGAAUUAUUAAAGAUAUUCAAGACAGAAUUCAGGAAUUAAAGAAAAAAGGUGAUGAAACACAACUUUCCCUGCAUGAGAUAGAAAAUGAUAUCACAAUACAACAACUUAAUCCUGGUCAAGCAAGGAUCCUUUCAGAAGUUAUAAAACAACAAUUUGAAAAUCUAAAAGAUGCUAAAGAUCUUACUGAAGAUAAAGUUAGUGCUUUUUUGGGUGCUCUAAAAGUCAAAUUGGCUGAAACUACUGAAUAUGUUGGUGAUAAAUUGGCUGAAACUACUGAAUAUGUUGGUGAUAAAAUAUCUGAGGGUUAUGAUACUACAAGUGAACAGUUAAGCGAAGGUUAUAAUGUAGCUAAAAAUAAAGUUUCGGAGGGUUACGAGAAAUCAUCCGAGAAAAUAGGUGAAGGAUUUGAUAAGGUGAAGGGGCAUUUAAAUCGUGAGAAAGAUGAAUUGUAA